UGUUGUCACGUGACUGUGUCACUGUCGCCGCCAUAUUAGAAAAUGACAUCAACAAUGUGAGAAAAAUGAAUAUUCAUUCGGCAAUUUCUCGUUUAACGAGAUUAACGGUACUAUUUGCCGUUAUUUUCAUGAAGUUUGGACAAUGUGCCUUUGAUACACGUUUCCGAAUAACGGCAAGGACCACGAUUGGUGAAGUGGAAGGGUUUUCGCAGCCCUCCCAGUACAUGGAGAAACCAAACCUUUGGACCAAUAUAUUUUUAGGGAUUCCCUAUGCGAGACGACCAGAACAGUAUGAUGAUUUUAAAAGGGAUUUUAGGUUUAAGAAACCAGAUAACCCAUCAUGGACUGGCACGUGGGAUGCCACAUUUUAUCGUCCGUCUUGUCCACAACAGACCUGGUUAAUCCGAGAAACACUACCUGGAUAUUCUGAUACAAGUGAAGAUUGUCUUUAUUUAAAUGUCUUUGCACCAAAUAUCAAAAAUGAAGGCAUCUCUACAAAUCCACCGCUCUAUCCCGUUUUGGUAUUUAUCCAUGGGGGUGGAUGGAUCAUGGGAUCUUCUGUUCAAUAUCCAGCAAUGUUAAUAGCUGAGAGACUGGUUGUUGUUGUCACAAUUAAUUAUAGAUUAAAUGCUUUAGGAUUUUUAAGUACAGGUGACGUCCACUCGCCAGGAAACUAUGGUCUUUGGGAUCAACUGAAGGCUUUAGAAUUUGUGAAACAACAUAUUGCAGCUUUCCGUGGAAACCCUUAUAAAAUAACUGUAAUGGGUCAGAGCACAGGGGGGGCCAGUGUCGGACAUCAUAUAGUAUCACCUAGGAAUGUUGACUUGUUUCAAAGAGCCAUUAUGUUGAGUGGUUCAGAUCUGAGUGAAUGGUCAGUUAUUCCUAAAGCUGAUUCAAUUAAAUAUACCAAAGCUUUGGCUUACGAAGUUGGAUGUCCGGUUUCAGAAAUGGAGAGAUUGAUGGAUUGUUUGAAAUAUUAUCGAACAUACGAUGAAAUAGUUAAUGCUUCGAUGAGAGUUACUUUACUGAGAGGAUCUGUUGGCAAUCCAUGGGGUCCAGUGGUUGAUGGACAGCUUGUUGGUGUAGAUUAUGCCUUUCUUCCUGAUCAUCCAUCAGAUAUACGUCUACAAGGUCGAUUUAAACGUAUUCCUAUCAUCUGUGGAUUAGUUUUGCACGAGGGUUCAUUUUUUAUUCCAAAUCUGCCAAAUCUACUGGAUGGAGUGACGCCCUCACAAUUUGAAAAUAUUUUACGAGAAUUUCUCUACGAUCGUUCAGCGAAAGAUAUGAUUACUACCUCAGAUGCUUUGGAAUUUGAAUACACUCACUGGCCGGAUCCUAAAAACUUCACGCAUGUCAGAGAAAUGUUGAUUAAGUUAUUAUCAGAUUUUAUGGUUGGUACUGGUACAAACGAAGUAUUGAAUUCUCAUGUUAUAUUUAAUACAGCCUAUUCUUACGUAUUUAAAUAUAGAUCAUGGAAUGACUAUCUUCCUCCUUGGAGAGGAGUUGCAAUGGGACAAGAUCUACAGUAUAUUUUUGGUUUCCCAUUCUGGAAUGAAACGUAUACAAAUAUGACUGGUCUGUAUCCACGACAAGAAUAUGAUUACAGUGAUAGAAACAUCAGCCAAUACAUGAUCAAUAUGAUUACUAACUUUACAGCUAGAGGGGAUCCAACACCAAGAGAUUUGCCGUUAUUUGAAUUCCGUAAUUCUAGUUGGAUCAGCUAUAAUCUACAGAAUCAUAGCUACCUCUCUAUUACUAAUAAAUCAGAGAAUCUUACAAACUUCAGGCAGCAGGAAUAUGCUUUUUGGAGAGAAUACUUUCCCCGAUUGUCAGGACGUGAUUUUUAUGGGAGUUUGACUGCUCCAUCACCAGAAAUAGAAAAAACGUCUCAUUAUGAAAAGGCUACCUGGUCUCUUACUGCUGCCGCUAUUUUAUUGUGUAUCGUUCUUAUUUCAUUAUUCAUAGUUAUGUGUUGUAGAGGAAGUAAAAAAGACUAUAAAUGACCCCAUAUGACAUCAAUGCCAACUUCAACCACAAAACGAGCAGAUUAUCAUGAACCCAACAAUCAGCAGCGACCUCAUGAAAAUGUUGCUCUUUUUCAUUUCACCAAAUAGUGUACUUUUUGUCCCCCGCCUUUCGAGGAUAAUCAGUUUGAUUACUCAAUACUUUUGAAAAAGGUAAAUGUGCCAUUAAUUAAUGUGUCAUCUGUUUUUAUUUUUUUUAUUUUGGCGGGGGACAUCAGCCUCACUGUUGGCUUGUUAUUUUUAAUGUUUUGUGGAUCUUAGUUAGAACGAUAAAAAUAUGGGAUCGGCACCAAAUUGGAUCGAGCAUACCUGGCAUUGAUGAUCAACAUUGGAUGGCAGAAAAAUAUCAAAAUGGAACUUUGAACAUUCCAAAAUACAUGUACUUGGCCAGGCACCAAGUCAAUGAACUUUUGUUUCUUUGCUCAACUUUAUUAUCCCACCCUGACUGAGGUUAAUGGGGAGUAUAUUCAAAUCUGAUAUUGUAAACUAACCUUAUGAUUUUCUCUAAUUGUAAUUCAUUUUGACACAGACGGUCAAAAAUAUUUUGUUUUUAAAAUAUUCCAGAUUAUAAAACCCUGUGAUUUUAAAUAUAGAUCUGUACUUUAUAUUAGCAAAUUGAUAAUUAACUUCCAUUUUAUAUUUUGACAUAGCAAGUUAUGUUUGAGACACUAAGCCAGAUGGAUCACAAAUGGCAUCAUUUGAUUUUUUGAACCCAAGCUUACACAUUCCUACACAAUUACUGGGAUAUUCAGUUUUAAAUGCACAUAUUAUAUACAUAUAUUUUUUUUUUAAAUAUAAUUUUGUUUCCUUUUAGAUAUACAAUUGUAUAUUUUGUAUAUAUAAAUACAUUUACUAAGAAAAGAACUAUAAAUCAGUUCUCUAAUCUGUACCUCAUUUGAAUAAAUUAUCAUAUCAUUUUCAUAAAUUAACAUUGUAAUCAAUCACAUUUACAUUCAAUUUAUUUUUUACAAUGUGAUUUUUUAGCCUAGUUUUCAUUUUAUUAAUUAAUUUAUCAUUUGUAAAUAAAAUCAUCAUCAUUAACUUAGUUUAGUUUAUUCAAAUUAAUAAAGGGAAGAAAUUCCAAUUCUUAAUCAAUACAGCUCACAUGGUAAAUGUUAAUAAAGACCCAUUUGGUAAAAGAAAGUCAGAACUGUGAAGCAGAAAUAAAUUAAACAUACAUUAUGCAAGAGCUAAAUCUGCCAAUUUGAAGGUCUUUCUUUAGGCCUGAAAUGUUAUAUAAAUUAUUAAUUAGACAUUAAUUAACUUAUCCAGACCAUAAUCAACUCUCGAUUGCAUCGCUAGCCUGCAUAUUUACUGGAUUAGAACCUGGUCUGUUGCUUCUGAUUAAAUCAAAAACUGGAUAAUCGAGACUAUGAUUUUUAUCGUAUUGACUUUAGUAAUGAUGAUCGAGGCUAUGCCCAAAAUUCAAUGCUAAAUACAUGGUUCAGGGUUGAUCAAUUUGACUGAAAUUUUCAACAAAUUCCCUUUACAUUAUCUAGUUUUUAAUUAUUAUAGUGAGAACUACCAGCUCUUUAUCUAACUACCAUAAUGUAUCUUUAACAAUGACAUUAACGCUCUUUCUCCAUGACAUCACUGUUAUGUGAAAGCAUGCAGUGACAUUAUUGUAGGUUUAUAAAUUAAUCAGGUUCCCAGAAAAUAGUUUCAAAUAGAGUAACCUAGUUAUUUUUAUUCAUUUAUCAUGCACAAAUAUUAAUUAUAUAGUAAUUUAUCCAAUUUUUAUGAAUUUCUCGAGAUUUCCAUUUUAAUAUAAAUGAAAGUGAAUAAUGAUAUAAUAUUUUGUAAAAUAAAUUUUUCUAUAAGAACUC